AUGGAAGAAAGCUCAAGUUUCUCGGCAAUGGCACCUCAUGUUUUCAAUGGUGAAAAUUUUCAGAUGUGGGCAGUGAGGAUAGAAGUUUAUCUUGAAGCUUUAGAUCUUUGGAAGGCAAUCGAGGAAUACUAUGAAGUUUUUCCGCUACCCGAAAACCCAAAAAUGUUUCAACUCAAAAAUAACAUGGACAAGAAAACCAGUAAAUCUAAGGCAAAGGCAUGUCUUUUUUCAGCAGUCUCUUCAACAAUUUUCACUCGUAUCAUGUCUCUAAAAUCAAAAAAAGCCAUCUCGGAUUAUCUCAAGGCAGAAUAUGAAGGAGAUGAUCGUAUCAAAGGUAUGCAAGUACUGAAUCUCAUUAGAGACUUUAAGUUACAGAAGAUGAGAGAAUCGAAAACCAUCAAAGAAUACUCUAACAGGCUUAUGAGCAUAGCAAACAUAGUAAGAUUACUUGGUUCUGAGUAUAAAGACUCCCGUAUUGUUGAAAAGAUUCUGGUUAAUGUACCUGAAAGAUUUGAAGCGACCAUUACCACUUUGGAGAACACUAAGGAUCUGUCAAAAAUCACUUUGGCAGAAUUAUUAAAGAGAGUGGAGAAUACAAAAAAGAAAACAAUAAGAAGAACCAGCCAACCAAUGAGAAGUAGCCGCUCGCUACAUCAACAAAAGCAAAGCAGUAAGCGCAACCAACUCGGGCAUGAAGCAAUUAUCUGCAAGAAUAAAUUGCAGCAGCAGGAUGCAGACGCACAGGUUGUUAAUGAACAGGAAGAGGAUCAACUCUUUGUGGCAUCAUGUUUUCCAAGUAAUGUUUCAACUGAGCCUUGGCUGAUUGAUAACGAAUGCACAAACUAUAUGACUGUCACGACCCAAGCCUAG